AUGGGCUGGGGCGACCCGCCGGUCUGGAGCGACGCCGUGGUCAAGUCCAACGACGAGGCCGGCGACGGCCUCCGCGCCAUCGCCCUCGAGGUGAGCCCCGAGACGCUCGAGGCGCACCGCAUCGGCGGCCAGUACGUGCAGCUGACGCUCGGCGAGGAGAAGCCGGGCUUCUACGCCAUCGCGUCGCCGCCCGUCGUCGGCCCGACCGAGGGCAAGGCCUUCGAGUUCCUCAUCAAGGAGAACGAGGGCAACGCGUACCUCACGUCCCUCGCGGCCGGCGCGGCCGUCAAGUGCUCCGAGGUCUCCGGCGGCGGCUACGCCGUGGGCAAGGCCUUCAACGGCGAGGACGGCGCCGUCGACUCGGAGUACGACGGCUUCGCGUGCAUGAACCAGCUCUUCGUCGCCGGCGGCUCCGGCAUCGCGCCCAUCCGAUCGACGAUCGAGUCCGGCGUCGCCCUGGACCUGCCGAAACCCGCGACGCUCUACUACGGCGUGCAGGACGCGUCGGUGAUGGCCUACGCGGACAAGUUCGACCUCUGGCGGUCGGAGUUCAACGUCGACGUGAAGCCGUGCCACUCCAAGGCCGCGUCGGGCGGCGCCUUCAGCGGCUACGUCCAGGCGUGCAUGGAGGCCGACGGCAUCGCCGUGCCGCGGAACACGGGCGCCUGCGUCUGCGGGCCCAAGGACAUGUUCGUCGCCGUGAAGGAGCUCCUCACGAAGGCCGGCGUCUUCGAGAGCCGCGUGCUCUCGAACUUCUAG